AUGAAAAAGAACAUAAAGAAACUAGAGGGGGAGAAUGGAACCAAUAUCACAGAAUUCAUUCUUUUAAGCUUUGGAGACGUCCAGGAGCUGCAGAUCCUUCUCUUUGUGGUGUUUCUAAUGAUCUACAUCAUGACUAUGGUCGGGAACCUUCUCAUUGUUAUACUAGUUGCAACUGAUCAAAACCUACACACCCCAAUGUAUUUCUUUCUUGGGAAUCUGUCUUUCUUGGAGACUUGCUACAGCUCAACCAUCCUCCCCAGAAUGCUGGCCAGUUUUUUCAGUAACAGACAAAGUGUUUCGGUGAAUGGCUGCAUUAUGCAGUUAUGGUUUUUUGGUUUCCUAAUUGCAUCGGAAUGUUAUCUGCUGACAGCAAUGUCUUAUGAUCGCUAUGUGGCAAUAUGUAGGCCCCUUCAUUAUUCAGUCAGUAUGAAUUUCAAGAUCUGCCUCCAGUUGGUGUGUGGCUCUUUUUUUGGCAGUUUUGUGAUCAACAUGAUGUUGUUAGUAUUUAUACUGCAGUUACGUUUUUGUGGCCACAAUGUGAUUGAUCAUUUCUUUUGUGAUUUCAUUCCAAUGGUGAAUGUUGCCUGUAGUGAUACACAUCACAUAAAACUUCUAUCAGUUGUUCUGACCUCUAUCAGCACCUUGCCUCCAUUUGGUAUAACAAUAGCAUCGUAUGGAUGUAUCAUUAAUGCCAUUUUUGGAAUCCCAUCCACGACAGGGAGGCAAAAGGCCUUCUCUACCUGCUCUUCUCAUCUCAUUGUAGUGACCAUUUUCUAUGGAACCCUCAUCACUGUGUACAUUUUGCCAGACACCAAUGAACUGAGAGAGCUGAACAAAGUCUUCUCUGUGUUUUACACCAUCCUAACACCUCUAAUCAAUCCUCUCAUAUACAGCCUAAGGAAUAAAGAGGUUAUGGAAGCCAUGAAGAGAGCAGCCUUCAAAUGUGUGACCAGCAUAAGAGUUCUUUGA